AAUAGCGAUUGUUCCUCCCCAAAUAAGGGCACACGAGACGAUUCUUCCAGUUUCCUCACUUCCCCCUAUGGCCGCCAUGAAUCUUCUUCUUCUUCCCCUUCUCCUUGUUCUCCAUCUAUGCCUCCUUUCUGCGGUGGCCGGCGACGAUGCGCCCGUCUCCAGAUUCCAGGAGUAUCUCCGAAUCAACACGGUUCAGCCCAACCCGGAUUACUACAAAGCCGUUGACUUUAUAAUCUCUCAGGCGAAACCACUCUCCCUCGAAUCUCAGACGAUCGAGCAUGUCAAGGGGAAGCCACUUCUCCUCCUCAAAUGGGUCGGCUCCGACCCAACCCUACCUGCCAUUCUCCUCAACUCCCACACCGAUGUCGUUCCCUUCGAGGACUCCAAGUGGACCCACCAUCCUCUCCUUGCUCACAUCGACCAUACUUCCGGCAACAUCUAUGCCAGGGGUUCCCAGGACAUGAAGUGCGUCGGGAUGCAAUACCUCGAGGCCAUUCGCAAGCUCCAGGCUUCCGGCUUCCACCCUCUCCGUUCCGUCUACCUCUCCUUCGUCCCCGAUGAAGAGAUCGGCGGCCACGAUGGCGCUGAAAAGUUCGUCGAUUCCAACUUCUUCAAGAGCUUGAACAUCGCAAUCGCGCUCGACGAAGGCCUGCCAUCGCCUACUGAGAGUUACAGAGUAUUCUAUGGAGAGAGGAGUCCCUGGUGGUUGGUGAUUAAGGCUAAAGGUCCACCUGGCCAUGGUGCCAAGCUCUAUGAUCACUCUGCCAUGGAGAACCUCCUCAAAAGCAUUGAGAGUAUUCGCAGAUUCAGAGCUUCCCAGUUUGAUCUGCUCAAAGCUGGUGGCACCGCUGAAGGCGAUGUCGUCUCCGUUAACAUGGCCUUCCUCAAGGCUGGCACACCUUCUCCAACUGGUUUCGUGAUGAAUCUGCAGCCAUCUGAGGCAGAAGCUGGUUUCGACAUUCGUGUUCCACCCAGCGUUGAUGCUGAAGUACUCGAAAGACGCUUGGUGGAAGAAUGGGCUCCAGCAUCGCGAAACAUGUCCUUUGAGCUGGGGCAGUUCAAGCAGAAGGUUACUGGGAAGCAGUUCCUCACAGCCGCAGAUGAUUCAAAUCCGUGGUGGGGGCUCUUGGAAACUGCUGUUAAGGAAGCCGGCGGUAGGACCAGUAAGCCUGAGAUUUUCCCUGCGUCAACAGAUGCUCGCUACUUUCGCAAGGCUGGCGUGCCUGCGUUUGGGUUCUCUCCCAUAUCAAACACCCCGAGUUUGCUUCAUGACCACAAUGAGUAUCUGGGCAAAGCUGAGUACUUGAAGGGCAUUGACGUGUAUGUUUCAAUCAUCAAAGCUUAUGCAUCUUAUGAAGGCAAAAGUGGUUCACGAGAUGAGUUAUGAAGUGUCUCUAAUUCAGGUCUUGCUGUAGCAAAUGUGUCAAAUCGCGUACAAGGCUGUGAUUUCAAGAAACAGUUUGCAAACAAGAUUUGGUCAUUCUUGAUUUCUCCUAGUUUUCUCAACUAUUAUUGUGAUUGUGGUGCUUCGUCACCAGCUUCCCACUCAAACUUAUGUAUUCUGUCUCGCUGCUAAACUCAGUAUCAUGUCUAUCGAUAUCAA